GCGAACUUUGCUCGUCAGACUUCUGCACCAAUUCUUCUGGUCGCCCGUGAAGGGCCACAGUUUCGCUCCUCUGCUAUUUUGGCUCUCUGCGGAGACGAAUCCCUUUCAUGAUCGGGCGUUUCCCCCCUCUCAUUAGCCCCUCGCGAGGCUUUUAGUGCUUUCUUGUUGUUCCGAGAGUCUGCGAGGCGAGGAUUUGGAAUGCUACUUCGGGUCUGGGGCAUCGAGAUCGGCGCAUGGUGGCGAGGUUGAGGAGCAUUGUCGUGCACUCGAGCAGGAUUUUCUCUCGCGGGAUUGCCCGUCGCGGCAUCGUGAAAGUAUGGAAUUGAGAAGAAGUUGUGGCUUUCGUUGCUGUCGCUGUCGCUGCUACUGCUGCUGCUGCUUCUGUUGUUGAUGUGGCGCAAUUUUGUAGCAGAACGUCCUGGUUUGGGUUUUUGGGGAGGGCGAAGAGCUUUCGGUAGUGCAUUCGGACGAAAGCUUAAGUCGGUCGCGGAGGAGAGAGAUCGAAUGAAUGGCUACACACAAUGCUCUGCAGAGUGUGCUCCACACCGCCAGUAUGCGGGAAUUGUCGCUUGCCAGCUUGGGGCCCUAUCCUGCUGCCGUGCCUUCUUCAAGGUCAAGUUGGAAUGGUGGAGCAUGGCUCGUCUCGAGUAGUUCCAAGCAUUUUCUCGACAGAAAUGAAUUGACGAUUUUGUUGCAGCGGGGUAGAAGAAAUCAGAAAUUGAACCGGGAUUUUUCACAACGUUGCUCAAUUUCCUGCGAGGGCGGAAAUGACGAAGACAGAUGGGGUAGUCAUGGUCAUGGCUGGGAUGUCCAGAGCCCAGGCCAAAGACGCAGCUCCUACGUUCCCUUGGCCUUGUCAACGUUGCCUAUCACUCAGCCUUCUCCUGAUGCUGAGAAGACAGAAAAAUGGAGAUUGGAUGACGAAAUUACCGAGCUACAGGGGCUACAGAAGCAGCUGAUUUCAUGCAAGAAUUUGAGAGAAAAAAUUUCGGCCAUAGAGACCAGCAGACGAGUGAAAAAUGCAUUUAACGGCAUUGGACGAUCCGGAAUAUAUGUAAAACCAGCUAUUGCUCUGGCAGGCAAGGUGCUUGACGAGAGAAGCCUGUAUGUAUUGAAGUGUCUGGUUGCCAUUGGUCAAGAUCAUUUGUUAGAUUAUUCCGUUGCUCUGGAAGACGCCUUCUUCGUCCAAGACGAGUCCAAUCACAGGACCAUCUCUUCAACCGAGGGAAAGCCAGUCAGUUCAGUGAAGGAAGUCCUGAAAAGAUUAGCAAAGGCCAUUGAGAAUUGGGAUGGAUCCGGUAACCAGUUCUGGCAAAGCAUGCCAAAUCUCAUCACGAAUUGGAGCCAUGAAAUGCUUGACUUCAGUGAUACUGAAGAAACAAUAGCUUUGGAAAGUCUUGAGGAUCCUAGUGAUGGAGGGGAGGACCGUGUCUUGCAAUCGCUUACAGAUCUUACAAAAGUGCUUGAGCGUCUUGAGAAAUUCUACGACAGCAUUGGUGGCAUUGUAGGGUAUCAGUUGAAAGUGCUGGAGUUAAUCAAGGCAUCUGAAUUAGGGGAAGAGCCAAGUUCUGAUGGCCCUGAUUUUUCCAAUGGGCGGUUUUCCGUCCCAAGAGGUCCCGAUCUUGCUAGUGAUCAAGCGUUUGCCAUGCAGGCUGCCAGUUGGGGCCUCGAGGGAUUAUCAAAGAUGGGAGAGAUCUACCCGUUAGGAGGAGCUGGAGAUCGAUUGGGUUUGGUAGAUGAAGUAACGGGAGAGUGUCUUCCUGUAGCUAUGCUACCAUACUGCGGUAGAACGCUGCUGGAAGGUCUUAUUAGGGACCUGCAGGCAAGGGAGUUCUUGCAUUUUAAGGUUUUUGGUAGGCAACAUAUCACACCCGUGGCGAUAAUGACGAGUGCUGCCAAGAAGAACAAUGAACGAGUAUUGGCUCUUUGCAAAAGUCAUGGCUGGUUUGGGCGGGGGAAGGAGAAUUUCCGGCUCUUUGAACAGCCUCUCGUACCGACCGUGGCAGCUGCUGAUGGUCAGUGGUUAGUUACUGGCCCCUUCCAAGCUGUUCUGAAACCCGGUGGUCAUGGAGUCAUCUGGAAAUUAGCCUACGACGAGGGAAUUCUCCAAUGGUUUCAAAGCAAGGAUCGCAAAGCAGCCAUCGUCCGACAAAUCAGCAAUCCAAUUGCAGCAACAGAUUGCACUCUCUUGGCUUUGUCUGGCAUGGGCCUUCGAUAUGAAAAGAAGUUUGGAUUUGCAUCUUGUGAUCGUAAUGUGGGAACUGCGGAAGGUGUCAACGUGUUGAUGGAAAGACGGCUUCCUGAUGGUCGUUGGGAGUAUGGAGUGACAUGUAUAGAAUACACAGAAUUCAAUAAGCUCGGAAUCUUAGAUGUGCCUAUUGCACCUGGCAGUACACAGGCCCAGUAUCCUGCAAAUACCAAUGUUCUCUUUGUGGACCUGCCGUCAGUGGAGCACAUUGCAUCCAGUCAGUCUGCUGCCUCGUUACCCGGAAUGAUUUUGAACUUGAAAAAACCAGUGAAAUACGUUGACCAUUUGGGUCACAAGCAUAGCGUUCUAGCCGGUCGAUUGGAGUGUACUAUGCAAAAUAUAGCUGAUUCUCUGGUGAACAAAAGAUCCUCCAGGCUUCCAUCCAAGGAUCAUGACAAACUUGAUACAUAUGUAAUAUACAAUCAAAGAAGAAAGGUGACGUCCUCAGCGAAAAGACGACGGAAGCCUGGAGAGCACUCUCUUCAUCAGACGCCAGAUGGAUCUUUCUUGGACGUCACAAGGAAUGCCUUCGACUUGCUCAGUCAUUGUGGUGUACACAUGCCCGAGAUGGAGGAUAAUCAUCGCUACGUUGAUUCUGGACCACCAUUCAUCGUUCUCAUCCACCCAUCUAUAGGACCACUUUGGGAUAUUGUGUCACAAAAGAUUCAAGGAGGUUCUUUAACCCCGAGAUCAGAGCUACAGCUCGAAAUAUCCGAGUUUGCUUGGACAGAUGUGCAGUUGGAUGGAAGUUUACUAGUCCGAGCUACGAAUGUAAUGGGCGCUGUCGAGUCCAAUGAAAGCGGGGAAGGCAUACUUCAAUACGGCGUGAGGUGUGGCAAAUGCAGAUUGAACAAUGUAAAUGUGACAAACAAAGGAGUUGAUUGGGAGUGCAAGAACAAUAUAUAUUGGCAAAACAAGAUCAGUAGGUUAGAAUCUUUGGAGAUUAUUUUAGAAGAUAAUGCAGAAUUCGAAGCUAACAAUGUAACAAUAGAGGGUUCACAGAAGUUUUUUGUGCCCAAGGGGCAUCGAAUGAUUGUGACGAAUUCCCUCUCAGGGAUGUCUUGUACAUUGGAAAAACUGUCAGAAUCAUUAUCACCCCAAGGAUCCUGGUCAUGGAGGUACGAUCUACAAGCAAACGGUGAAGUAUUGCUGGAGAUGAUUACUUCAGAUGAUAGCUCAUACGUUGCAAACGAGGUUUCAAAGGUUUAAAUUCCAAUUGUAUUGCGAUUAGAUAGAAAGAUCUCUUUGUUUCUUCACUCAUCUGGUGUAGAUGAAAAGAGAAUGGACGAUGUUCUCCCAGUUUCGAACAUCGUUCUUGGUUCCAAUGUAAACAGUUGUCUCGGACUGCGGUGGAUGUACAAUAUCUGAAAUCUCCACUAGGGAGAGUGAGUGAACUAGUCAAGAAACUGGAGAGAUUGCAGAUGGUUGCAAUCUUAGUCCAGGUAAGCGAUGGAUUUAGAGUAGACGUGGUCAUUCAUUUUUUCAUUUUGGACUAGAAGCCAGUCCUACUGAGAGAGUCUCUCAUUUGUACGAUUUGAAACAUAGCAAAUACCCAACACUUUGUACAACUUCAUCUUCUUGAUGAAGUAGCGGACAUCUACCAGCUUUCAUUGACCGGUGACAAUGUUCCUCUCUGGAGUAAAAUCAGAUCGGAAAUCAGCUCUCAGCCACUUU